AACCCUUAGUAGACACAAUUUGGGAUAUGUUAUAUUUUCUUAAAUCAAGACUGUGGUAAUUUGCAGUGAAUAUGGCUCUUGAGUAUUUAGCGUGGAACUUAAUACUGCUGCAAGAAAGGAUACGUCGAUUAGAACGGCGUGUAGAGAGAAGACAUCUGAGAGAUGCUCAGAAUCCGUUUCAUCUCCCACGAAAUGAAUUUAUCAACUAUUUUCGCCUUACUCCAGAACUUGUGAUCCACAUAACAAAUGAGAUACAAGCUGAUUUACAAAGCGAACGAAUUGCCGGCAUAACGCCAGAAAUAAAAGUAUUGAUUGCUAUACAAUUCUACGCGCAAGGCAGCUAUCAAAGAAGUAUUGGUAAUCAAGUUGAAUUAAAUGUUAGCCAGACAGCAACAAGUCGUUGCCUCCAUGCUGUGACAAAUGCGAUCAAUCAGCGCUUGUUGCGUAGAUGGGUGAAAUUCCAAAUGACCGAAAUAAAUCGGCAGCGAGCACGUGAAAAGUUCUCAGUUGCUGCACAGCCAUUCGAAGGUGCCAUAGGUGCUAUAGAUUGCACUUUUGUUCAUAUCUUAGCCCCUCAUGAACACGAAGAAACCUUCGUUAAUCAUCAUGGUAACUAUUCCCUGAACGUGCAAGCUAUUGUUGGCCCAGAUAUGGAGUUGCUUAAUAUCAAUGCGAGAUAUCCAGGUGCACGAAAUGAUGCAUACAACUGGAGUGAUGCUGGAUAUCCAUUGGAACCGUGGCUCAUGACACCUUUGGCCGAUUUUCCCGAAAACACCCAACAAUUCCAAUACACACAGCAGCUUUGCAAAGCAAGAAAUGUUGUUGAACGUUUCUUUGGUGUCUUCAAAUCC